AUAACGUGUUAACAAAUCUCGUCGGCAUUGGGCACCAUGUGAUUGAGAGUGUACUGUUUCUUUUAUGAAAUUUCCAAGGAAACUCGUUUAAAAUCUUUAGUGAUCGGUUUGAGACAUUAAUGUUUGAGCCGUUAAUUUGAUACUUGGCGAAAAAAAACCGUGGAUGGGGAUCGCUUUUGUGCGCCUCUGGUGACAAAUUCGAGACAGAUUAAGCCUCGUCGUAACACGGUCAUGUAACACCUCCCGAGGGCUGUCGAAAAUUGAAAGAUGGGCAAGAAGCGGAUUUUGUUGUUCCUCCUUUUUUACGCCGCCCUCACCGGGGUCGCCCUCAGCAAAGACGUCCGAAAGCCGCCGGCGGAGCCCGAAACCGAGAAGGAGUCGGCCGAGAACCAAGACGACCAAGCCGGCGACAAGAUCACUUUCCCCGACGAUUUCGACGCCUACUACAAAAUAGACUUGGCAAAGUCCGCCUUGGAAAAGCUGAAGCUUAAGUUCGAGAUCGAAAGGCACAACCUGUUCCGCCACUUGCAGAGCGUCGAAGGGCAGAAGCUGAACGAGAAGGCGGGGGCGGCGGUGGCGGAAGCGGCCGCCUCCGGACAGAACGGCGACCAAGAGCCGGCCGACAGCGGAGUCUCCCCUGCAGACCUCGACAAAGAAGCCACUACCACAGAAUCAACCCCAGAACCAGAAGAAAAUGGUUCUGACCUCUUUAAACAAGCCCAAGCAAUUCUUAAAUCGUCCAAAGGCAACAAGAAGAUGGCUUAUGAGCUACUUGCGCAGGCAAGUGAAGUGGGAAACACUGCUGCAAAAAUCAAAUUGGCAUGGGGACGAUUGUUUGGAAACCACAUCCCCCAAAAUAUUUACGCAGCGAAAGAGACAUUCACAGAAUUGGCUGAUAGAGGCGUACCUGAUGCACAUACGGGUCUUGGAUUUCUAUAUGCUGCUGGAAUCGGUGUUAACUCGAGCAAUGCCGAAGCUGUUGUUCACUACAUGAUUGGAGCCCUUGGUGGAAGUACUUGGGCAAGAAUGGCAUUAGGCUAUCGUUAUUGGGCACACAUUGCAUUGAAUGGAAAUUGUGAAAAGCCCCUCGCUUUUUACCGACUAGUUGCCACUGAAGUUGCCAAAGAUGUCCAAAUGUCUGGUGGGACCAUUAUACAGAGAGUACGUUUGUUAGAUGAAGUAGACAAUCCAGGAUAUAAUUCUGGAAUAAUAGAUAAUGAUCUCAUUGAAUAUUAUCAAUUGCUUGCAGAGAAGGGUGAAGUUCAGUCUCAGGUUGGGCUCGGACAACUGCAUUACCAAGGUGGUCGUGGUGUAGUUCAAGAUUACCAAAAGGCGCUGCACUAUUUUCUGCAGGCUGCUGAUGCAGGAAGUGCUGUUGCACUAGGUUUCUUAGGCCGAAUUUAUUUAGAAGGAAGUGAAAUGGUCAAAGCAGAUAAUGCAACUGCUUAUAAAUAUUUCAAAAAAGCGGCUGAUAUGGGCAAUCCUGUAGGGCAGAGUGGACUUGGGUUGAUGUACUUGGAAGGGCGCGGCGUCGAUAAAGAUUAUAGUAAAGCUCUGAAAUACUUUAGUCUUGCAGCUGACCAAGGUUGGGUUGACGCUCAAUUACAGCUUGGGGUUAUGCAUUUUGGUGGUUUGGGAGUGAAACGAGACUUUAAAUUAGCUAAUAAGUUCUUUACCCUCGCCUCACAAUCAGGAAAUGUAUUAGCUUUUUUCAACUUGGCUCAAAUGCAUGCUACUGGCACAGGAAUAAUGAGAUCUUGCUCUACAGCUUUAGAGCUCUACAAGAAUGUAGCAGAACGUGGUAAAUGGGGAGAAAUGCUCAUGGAAGCAAAUUUGCUGUAUAGAAAUGGGAAAUUUGCCGAAGCGUUUAUCCAUUAUGCCUUCUUGUCUGAACUUGGUUAUGAAGUAGCCCAAAGCAAUGCUGCACAUAUGCUUGAUAGAGGAGAUGUAUCAUUUUCUGAUGUGGAUGGUUCUGAUAAUUAUGUCAGAGCACGGAUAUAUUGGGGACGAGCAGCCGGGCAAGGUUAUUCCCCUGCUCAAGUAAAGCUAGGAGACUAUUAUUACUACGGAUUAGGAACAAACGUUGAUUAUGAAAUUGCUGCAAUGCAUUAUAGAAUGGCUUCUGACCAACAGCAAAAUGCUCAGGCCAUGUUUAAUCUCGGCUAUAUGCACGAACAGGGAUUGGGAAUGCAACAGGACAUGCAUUUGGCUAAAAGAUGUUAUGACAUGGCUGCUGAAGCUAGUACCGAUGCAAAAAUACCGGUUGCCCUGGCAUUAAUGAAGCUUUCAGUGAUUUCAGCAUUGAAAUACUUAGAGGAUACCAGUUGGAGUAGUUGGCUUUUUUCCUUUAGUUUCCAUUUCUAUUUAAAAGCAUACUGGGAUCUCUAUUUGGUUUCAAUGCUCGUUGGCAUUUUGGGAAUUGUGAUCUACUUUCGUCGCCCCCCACCCGGAGCUAGAUAACAUCAAAUUGUCCGUUAUUAAUUAUAAUUGUUUGUAAUUCUCGUUUGAAUUAUGUUUAUGAGUGGUAAAACUCUUUUUGGAUUAUAACGACAUACAUUUAAGUUUAGAUGUAAUGUGAUAAUAAUAAAGAAUGUUGUUGAGAAAUUACAUAGUCAUGUCAUCUUCGAUAGACUAAAAGACUUAUAUGAAGAAAGUAGUCAACAGCAUAAAUAUAUUUAUUUCUCGUGUAUGGUUUUAUCCUUUAUUAUACUUCGUUAGAAAUAAAUGUUUUACAGCAGAAUUGUUUGAAAGGUUUUUAUUUUAUUUUUAUUUUCAGAAAGGUUUCAAAAUUUUGUCUUGUGAAUGAAAUAAAAUUCCCGAAAAACAUUUUGUUGCCUGUAAUUCAUAUUGUGAUCAAUCCAUUUGUACAAUGUUUAUGUCAUCCACAUGCUUUUUGAUGUAAUUUUUAUUUUAAUUACAGGUAAAGUGAAUUUUGAGAUACUGAAUAUGGAAUGUUCUUAUUUUCUAGAUAAGUAUUUCUUAAUGAUAUAGUGAUAAAUGUCUGUCAUUGAGGUUACUAUUUGUCUAGUUUUUUUUAAGUUUUAUUUAUUUGGAUUUAUUUUAUAGAAGAUAAUUAUUCAUGUUGAAUAUAAUUCAAUCAUCAAACAAUUUGCCUGAUGUAUGAAACUUUCCUUUUCGGUUUAUCUUGUUAUUUGUUAAUAACGUUUUUUCUUCAAGUGAACGGCAAAUUGAAUAAAUUAAUUUGUUAUACAGUCUAAAUUCUAUGUGUUUUUUGUUUAUAAAUAAAUUGUACUCAGGAAAAAGCUUUCCAAUUUCUACUUGAAAUAAAACGUUUGCUAAGA